UCAGACAUGACACCUCCACUCCACCCACCAUCAGUACCCAUAAAACAACGGCAGCUGAGUAGGCGGGUAGUCGGUCAGUCAAUCAGUCCAAGUUUCGUGAAGAACAAAGUGGGUUCCAAGUGCAACGCAAUGCGCUGCGGCAUAUUGUGUUGCGUCUUCUGUUUCGUUUCAGCUUUUUGGCCGUCACCUUCACGUCACGUCACGGCUCCUCUCCAUUCUUUCUUUCCAUCUUCUUUGCCUCCCGCACACACACAUGCACAAUGCGCGUGGGCGGGAUUCGACUUCUGCAAGGGCAAAUCUUCGGAUGUUACAGAAGAUAAAAAACUAGACAAGACGGAGAGAGAGAGAGAGUCAAGACGAUUAUCUCCGGUCGAUCCCGGCGCAUUUUCCACAUUGUCAUGAUUUUUUAUUAUUAAUAAAAGUUGAGAUUUUUGCCGUCUGUUUUCGACAUUGCUCGCAUCCCAUCUCCCUCUCUAUCCAUGGUAUUCCUUUUGACAAUGAAUACGACAAAGAGCCUAACCCCCACCGUACAAGAAAGUUUAUUUUCUCUAUCCCUCUUCUCUCGCUCGCUCUGGAUCCGGCUUCCGAGCCAGUAGAUUUGCUUUUGUUGCCAUCAACCGCAAACUCGGGUUCGAUCGCUUCGCAUGCUCAAUCCAGACCUCACCUCCGCUCCUCGACCUCCUCUGGGCCCUCUCCGCCCCCAGCUCCCCUCCACGGGCACGGCUCGUUCUUCCGCCCCCCGUCAAUUUUAAUCCAUCGCCAUGUCCCGCCCGCACGCUGCCUUUAUUCUGGGUCGGGUCGGUCGGUCAUGUCCCUGAAUCGCGAUCGACCUCAGCGCAC